CCGAGUUUCAUUAGUAAACACGACACAUCUCAACAUGGCACUCAGACACCUAAUCAUCGUGCUCCCUUUGUUGUUUGCAUCAUGUUUGGGUGGUGCCGACGGCGGGAAAGGUUGCCUUUGUUCGGGUGGUGCUUACGGUGGGAAAGGGUGCCAUUGUCCGGAUGGCUGUUCUUGUCCGGCUGCUGCCGACGGUGGGAAAGAAUGCCCUUGUCCGGGUGGUGGCGACGGUGGGAAAGGUUGCCAUUGUCCGGAUGGGUGUCCUUGUCCGGCUGCUGCCGGCGGUGAGAAAGAAUGCCCUUGUCCAGGUGGUGGCGACGGUGGGAAAGGGUGCCAUUGUCCGGAUGGGUGUCCUUGUCCGGGUGCUGCCGACAGUGGGAAAGGGUGCCCUUGUCCGGGUGGUGCCGACGGUGGGAAAGGGUGUUAUUGUCCGGAUGGGUGUCCUUGUCCGGCUGCUGCCAACGGUGGGAAAGAAUGCCCUUGUUCAGGUGGUGGCGACGGUGGGAAAGGGUGCCAUUGUCCGGAUGGCUGUUCUUGUCCGGCUGCUGCCGACGGUGGGAAAGAAUGCCCUUGUCCGGGUGGUGGCGACGGUGGGAAAGGGUGCCAUUGUCCGGAUGGGUGUCCUUGUCCGGCUGCUGCCGACGGUGGGAAAGAGUGUCAUUGUCGAGGUGGUGCCGACGGUGGGAAAGGGUGCCAUUGUCCGGAUGGGUGUCCUUGUCCGGCUGCUGCCGACGGUGGGAAAGAGUGUCAUUGUCCUGGUGGUGCCGACGGUGGGAAAAGGUGCCAUUGUCCGGAUGGGUGUCCUUGUCCGGGUGCUGCCGACAGUGGGAAAGGGUGCCCUUGUCUGGGUGGUGCCAACGGUGGUAAAGGUUGCCCUUGUCCUGGUGGUACCGAAGGUGGGAAAGGGUGCCAUUGUCCAGGUGGUGCCGACGGUGGGAAAGGCUGCCCUUGUGUGUAUGGUGCCGACGGCGGGAAAGGAUGCCCUUGUGCGGGUGGUGCCGACGGUGGGAAAGGGUGCCCUUGUGCGGAUGGUGUCGGUGGCGGGAAAGGAUGCCCUUGUGCGGGUGGUGCCGAUGGCGGGAAAGGAUGCCCUUGUGCGGGUGGUACAAACGGUGGGAAAGGGUGCCCUUGUGCGGGUGGUGCCGACGGUGGGAAAGGAUGCCCUUGUGCGGGUGUUGCUGAAGGCGGAAAAGGCUGCCCUUGUGCGGGUGGUGCCGAUGGCGGGAAAGGUUGCCCUUGUGCGGGUGUUGUCGACGGCGGGAAAGGCUGCCCGUGUGCGGGUGGUGCCGACGGCGGGAAAGGCUGCCCUUGUGCGGGUGGUGCCGAAGGCGGGAAAGGGUGCCCUUGCGCGGGUGGUGCCGACGGCGGGAAAGGCUGCCCUUGCGCGGGUGGUGCCGACGGCGGGAAAGGGUGUCCCAGUCCGGGUGGUGGUUGUGCUCCUAAGGGUGGCGACGGUGGAAAAGACCGACCUGCUCCGAAAGGCGGCGGUAACUCUCCCAAAGAUGCUGGUGGCGGUAAGGACACUCCUAAUAAGAAAGGUGGCGAUGAUAAAAAGAAAGCUGGUGCUACACCUUUCUACAAACAACCCAUCUUAGAUAGUGAUUAUAAGGGUGAAUGGAUAAUCCAUAACCCUAAUUGUGGCGUUAACGCCAUGCAGCAUCAGUUAAUGCCUAACAACAAGGCGGUUUGGUUUGAUACCACUAACCUUGGUCCUUCUGCUCGUGAACUUGGUCCCAAGGGUAACUGUCCCCCGAAUCCCGAUAACAACAAUGAACCCGAUUGCUUCGCUCAUGCUAUACAAUAUGAUAUUGAAUCCGGCAUUGUCAAGUCCAUUUAUGUUCAAACUGAUCCAUGGUGUUCGUCGGGACACUUGUUGCCUUCCGGUGACCUUUUAUCAACAGGUGGUAAUAAAAUGGGUGGUGCAAGUGUUAGACUCCUGAAGGUAGAUGACCCGGCUCCAAAGUUCAUCGACAAAAAAGAUGCACUCGGUGCUCCUCAUUGGUAUGCAACCAAUUGUAUUCUGGAAGAUGGAAGUGCAGCGAUUAUUGGAGGUCGGGAUUCCUACACCUACGACAUUGUUGGGCCGACAGUUGACUUCAAGCCAAACAAUAAACAACUGCCUUUCCUGCAAAAAACCACCGCACCGGCGGCUGGCCCUGGUCUCCAUGUCGAGAACAACCUUUAUCCGUUUUGUUACCUCCUCCCUGACGGAAAUAUCUUCAUCUUUGCCAAUGAUCGGGCUAUUAGUUUUAAUCCACAAACAGGUAAAACAGUGAAAGAAUAUCCGGUGUUGAAAGGCGGAUCUCGCAACUACCCACCCUCCGGCCAGUCUGCUAUUCUCCCGUUGAGGCUCACCGCCGAUAACCAACCAGUCACCAUCGAAGUUGUGAUUUGUGGUGGUAACAAAGCAGAUGCUUUCCAAAAUGUCGAUCCAAGAUACACCCAAAACAGAGUGUUCACACCUGCACUUUCCGACUGUAAUAGAAUCAUAGCCACAGCGGAUAAUCCGACAUGGCAGAAAGAACAAGACAUGCCAACACCAAGAGUCAUGGGAGAUCUGUUGCAGCUUCCAAACGCGCAGUUUCUUCUCAUCAAUGGUGCCAAGAAGGGUACUUCCGGUUGGGACGAUGGUGAGGAUCCUAACCUCACUCCUACAGUUUACAUGCCAGAGAAUGCGAAGGGGUAA